CGUGGGACUCAGAUUACAGCUGAGCGUCUCUUCUAUAGUGCUCACACUCAUAGGAAGGAUUCCAGAUGUGGACAUCGUCCCUGUCAGGUCACUCAGACCUUCCAAGUGGACAGAAGCUAUCUACCAUGUUACCUUUCACUCUUGCUCUGUUUUUAUUGCCGCUCUGCGGUGCGGUCUACUAUGGACCUUUGCUCCCUGAAAUGUCCAACGGGACUUUUCACCACUUCUUCGUCCCGGACGGUGAUUACGAGGAGACCGUAGACCCGGAGAAAUGUCAGAUGCUCUUUAAAUGGAUCGACCGCAGUCCGUGUCCGCUGGAGGAAGACCAGGACUCGAUCAUACGAGAGGAUUUCAUCAUCAUGAAGCAGCAGAUAGAAGACGCGGCGCGCGUCCUGGAGAGCCUCGGGAAGAGCAUCUCCUACGACCUGGACGGCGAGGACAGCUAUGGGAAAUACCUGAAGAGGGAGAUCGUGCAGAUCAACGAGGCUUUCACAAACGUGGAGAAAUCUCUUGUGGAGCUGGAGACAAAAUUCAAGCAAAACCAGGAUACCGAGCAAAGAGAGGAGAAUGAGUUCACCAGUAACUUCAUCAACCCCAUGUAUAAUGUGAGGGACACUCUGCAGGAAACUCUGGACAUCUCUUCUGGACUCAAGGAUAAACAUGAACUCAUCUCUCUGAUCAUCCGGAGUCAUGGAUCCAGGUUAAGCCGGCUUAAAAAUGACUACCUGAGUGUUUAGAGUCACAGACCUUCUGGACAGACUACAGUCCGAGUUGGAUUGUUGUUAUUCUGAAGUGUGUGAAACGUUGGAUCUCCAAAAUUUCCCAAAGCUUGAAACUUUUUUAGUGGUUUUGAGUACUGAAGGUACCUUCACUCUUAUAUAAUAUGGAGAUUUAAACAUGUUUUUGAGGCUUUAUUAUGUGUUCAUAAGUCUAUUGAUUUCUAUUUUUUUUUUUUGUCUCUAAGCAUGUACUGUAUACAGACAUGAUGUUAAGAAUGCGUAUGUCUUUUUUGGUCGCAUAGGUAAGUUAGUUGCGGAAAUAAAUUGUUAUAGCCACCAGUGAAAGAAAUUUAAAUUGUAUUUACUGUAAAAUAAAUAAAUAGAUAACGUAAAAUAUGCUUUAUGAUGUGCAGCCUUUAAAUGAACCGUUUUAUUCAAGUCAGAAAUAUGAUUUAAUAAGAUUUAGUUAACCUGACUACAAACAAGCUUCAUUUUAAAUGGUUUCACUUCUUAGGUAUUCUUUCAGACUGAAAACCCUACACAGAUUUUUUUUUUUUUUGUAUAUAUUUUUUUAUGUCAAAAUCUGUUAUUCCUGUAAUCAUUCUUCAGUAGGCUGGUCUUUUUCAUCUGUCUGUUGCUGACAUUUAUUUUGGAACGACUGAGGUUUGAGGAAGCUGGAAGGGUGGUGGUUAAACAAGCUGGUUGAGAUUUGGCAUUUCCUGUGCCUUUAGAACAGAACGUCUCUUUCUCUUUCUGCCAUGUGGAAGAAUAAUCAAACACUGCAGCAAUAUACAAAGAAACACAAUCUACCAUUUCUACUGCCAACUCCACGAGAAUGCUGGAAUAUUUGCUGGUGAACAGUUUUAAGGUUAACGUUUUAACUGUUAAACCAUAAACAUCAGUCAUUACCCCAGACCAAAAUUACUUGGAAGCAUAAAACAUAUCCUAAACCACUCCUUCAUAAGCCUAAAUAUUGUACCAAAAUCACAAUGUUGUUGCUGCAUUUGAAAUACUAACCAGAACAAUGAAGUACUUAUAGAUGUGGACUGGACUGGAACUGUUUUCUUUUUCUUCCUCACAUUCAGAGAUUUAUUCUUGCUGGAGGUUAAAGCUCAAGGAAAGAAUGUUUUUACUAAUGGUUUUGUGUUACCAGAUCUGAGCCUGUUCAUUAACAUCUCAUAUGGAUCCACUUUCAGUGGUUUUGUGAUAAAAAGAGGAAUAAACAAAAGCAAAAAAAAUAAAAA